GCUCAACGGAGCACAUUGGCUAUUGUGUAGCACGCGUCCAAACGCGCACGCGCCGAAAUAAAAUAUAAUACGAAAAAAAAUUCGGGGAUCUCACAGGGGUGCAUGCUAGGACCAGUGUAUUUUUUUUGUAUAAUUUUUACGUAAGAUUAUUAGUGAAAAGCGUGAUUUUAAAAGUGAUACGUGGUCCAUUACAUGCAGAUGCUGUUCGUGAUAACCGAAUCGAAAUACAAUGAGAAGUGAGGAAGUCGAAUGAUACGAACUGAGUGACAUCUAGUGUAAUUAGUGACAGUUUUGCAAAGCAGUGUAUAUGUGUGAGAAGGCGGUACUCGGUGGGAAGAUGACGAACAUCACGCCGGAGACGAGGAUCAUGAUGAUGAGGUCUACUGACGGAAGACAUGGAUAUAGAAGACAGAUCUUGGCGGCCCUAGCAGUGUCCCUGGGCCCGUUCGCGGCGGGCCUCAGCAAAGGAUACAUGUCGCCGGCUAUCGCUUCCAUGCAGGACCCUCAUCAUAAGAAUGCCUCCUUCACAGUCAGUGACCAGCAGGCCAGUUGGAUAGCCAGUCUAAGCCUAUUAGGUGCUCUAAUAGGUGGUAUCCUGGGUGGUGUUGUGAUGAGAUACGGUCGCCGGAGUAUACUUCUGGCGGCUGCUCUGCCGUAUACUCUCGCAUGGGUAGCAACUGCUUUCUCUAACAGCGUUGAUAUGAUCUCCGCGACGUCCUUCUGUGGUGGCAUGCUCGUCUGCUGUAUUACCAUGAUUACUCAGGUAUAUAUCACGGAGAUAGCCGUUCCAGAAAUAAGAGGAUGUCUCAGUUCCGUGUCAAAAAUACUCAGCCAAAUUGGAAUUCUCAUCUCUUACUCACUAGGAGCAUAUUUGAAUUGGCAACAACUGGCAUUCGUGGUUGCUACCGCGCCGAUUCUACUCUUCCUGGCUCUCCUCUUCAUCCCUGAAACUCCUUCGUCUCUAUUCCUAAGAGGGAAAGAGGAAGAAGCAGCAGAUUCUUUACAAUGGCUACGGGGUCCUGACUCCGAUAUCAGGCAGGAGUUAGCUACAAUAAGAACAAAUAUUCUAGCAAGUAAACAGUACCACAAUGGAAGAGCAGGAAAGUUGAAAGUUUUACUAUCAAAAAGGUUGACAAGACCUGUUUUGAUCACGUGCGGAUUAAUGUUCUUCCAAAGGUUUACUGGUGCUCAUGUUUUUAGUUUUUACGCUGUACCCAUGUUUAAAAAGACCUUUAGGAUGAUGAAUCCUCAUGGUGGGGCAAUAGCUACAAGUGCUGUUCAACUUUUAGCUUCAUGUUUAUCAGGUAUGCUGAUCGAUAACGUUGGAAGACUUCCUUUGCUAAUGAUAAGUGGAGUCAUGAUGUCUAUUGCUUUAGCUGGAUAUGGUUCUUAUGCAUAUUAUAUGGCGAUAUUCAUGAAUUCCACUGAUCUAACACAAUCAGAACCUGGCGCGUAUGAUUGGAUACCUUUGAUUUGUGUAUUAACGUUUACUAUUGCAUUUUCAUUGGGUAUCAGUCCAAUAUCUUCUUUAUUGAUUGGUGAAUUAUUUCCUUUGGAAUAUAGAAGUACUGGUAGUGCUUUAGCUACUAGUUUUAGUCAUUUGUGUGGUUUCGUUAAUGUUAAAACAGCAGCUGAUAUACAGGAUCAUAUAGGAUUAUAUGGUCUUUUCUGGUUGUAUGCAGGAAUAUCUGUUCUUUGUCUACUGUUUGUAGUUCUUUUUGUACCAGAGACUAAAGGUAGGGAGAUUGAUGAAAUGGAUCCUAAAUAUGUCGAAUCUUUAUGUAUAAAUCGAUAGUAUAUUAAGAUUUUUAUAAGAGACUGAUCUUUUACUCGAUACGAGUUUGGUAUUCUGUCUUGGUAGGACAGUUGAAAGUUGAUGCGUUAUUACAGUAUUAUUUUUAAGCGUAGACGUUUCGAUAUUUCAGUGCCUUUAUUAAUAUUGAAAAGUUCCUUAUUUUAAUUUAUUUCGAAACUAAAAAUCGUGCA